AUGGCGAACCCCAAUGCGAUGCGGCCAUCGAUAGGUCGCGCACUGCGACUCCAAGAGACCCGGCAAUGGCUCCCCGCGACGUCGACAACGGCAGCGCAGUCCCGAACCGCAGCGGUGUGCUUCUCAACCUCGGCCGCCCAAUCGGUGCGCAAGACCCGCGACAACAACCGCCUGCGAGGUGUCAGUACCAUGAAGAGAACUGGACCCCGUGAGCCGCUCUCCGUCUCAUGGGAGACUCUUCCUAAACCUGCGAACUACAAGCCCGACGUUGCGGUUGACCCGAACCACGGGCUCUGGGGCUUCUUCUACGGCAAGAACAAGCUUAUGCAGACGCCCAAGGAGGACCAGUCCCACGGCCGCCCAUGGACGGUGGAAGAAUUGCGAAAGAAGGAUUGGGAAGACCUUCACACGCUGUGGUAUGUCUGUCUGAAGGAGAGGAACCGCAUCUCGACGACGAAUCGCGAGCGGGAGAGACGCAGGCUUGGAUUCGGCGCCUACGAGGCCAACGAGAGGGACGAGACGGUUGUCACGACGAUGAAGGCCAUCAAGCACGUCCUGACCGAGCGCUUCUACGUUUGGGAGGAUGCGCGCAGGCUGGCAGAGGAGGACCCUGAGAUCGAUCUCUCCGGCGAGGGAGAGGCCUACAAGCCUCUGUCGGAGGACUAUCAGGAUCCGACGAGUAACAAAUAUCUGGCCGAUGGGGGUGAAGCCGCGGCGGUCGAUCUACCAGUCGCCGAGGCUCCGGGCGAGCCUGAGACUGAGAAGGAGGGGGCGGGGGAGGUUAAGCGGGCGCGAAGGCAGCCCGUCAAGCCCUGGCUGCCGAGACCGAAGUUUUGA